UUUGUUUUCUAAAUCACACAUUUCACACUCCCCCAACAGCCCGUCUCCACUCUCCGAAACCCCACCCAAAUCCGUAGACGGCGAACAUGGGCCGCCGCCGCCGCCAACCAUCCUCGCCGUCGCCGGCGGCCGAGCAUCCGCUGGAAGACGACGACCUACUGCGCGAGAUCCUCCUCCGUCUACCCCCACAGCCGCCCUACCUCCUGCGCGCCUCCCUCGUCGCCAAGCGCUGGCAACACAUCGCCACCGAACCCAAGUUUCUCCGCCGCUUCCGCAUCCACCACCGGAAGCCUCCCCUCCUUGGGGACUUCUCGUAUGAGUACGGAAGACUCUCGUUCAGAUCCACCCUGGACCUGCCCUACCGCAUCCCUCCCGGCCACUUCUCCCUACAACUACAAGUCCACGGCCGCGAUCCAUGGAGGUUGGUCGACUGCCGCCACGGAAGCGUGCUCCUCCUCAACAGGGAGAGGCGUCAGGUCAUUGUGUGGGACCCCGUGACUGGCGACCGCUCCCUCUUGUCGGUUCCGACGGAGUUUGAAGACAUGCAUACCGCGGCGGUGCUCUGCGCUGCCGGCGAGCAGGGCCACGCGCAUGGUGCCUGCCACUCGAGCCCUUUCAAAGUGGUCGUGGUGGACAGCUACGAGCAUGAUAAUGAAGCCGUCGCCUUCACAAGUGUUUACUGCUCAGAGACUGGCGUAUGGAGUGAUCUCCUCUCAACACCGCUUCCAUAUAGGGGUAUUACUGUUGUUAAUGCCGGCACACUUGUUGGCAUUGUACAGAGAUGCAUCCAUGCGGGUGAAUUGUGUCUAGCCAUCGGAUGCCGCUAGUACUACUAGUUGACAUCAGACUGACGCUCUACCUAGUCUCAAAUUUACACUAGAGAGCUGGACGGCGCACGGAGGACGGGCUAACGGUGAGCUGGAUAAUGAGCUGGACAUGACUGGGACGAUGAGCGGGAGGCAGCACCACCGGCACGGCAGAGAUCGGCGAGGGCGAUGAUUGGGACAUAGCUGUCGUGAGAAUAGAGACCACGAGGUGGGCCGAUCCCGCUGACCCAACGGGUCACUUGGUGCCGGCUCUACUGACCCAGAAAAAUUUGAGGGUCGACCCAUGUGACCCAUCGGCCUCUAAUUUUUGGAUCGGGUCGGCGACCCAGCGGGCCGACCCGGCCCGUUCCCAUUUUGAGCGGCAUACUUGAGUUUGAUUUGUAUAGACAGACGCUAACUGUGAUCCAUAGGCCACCUGAUGCUUAUUACGGUGACAGUGUUCAGAUCAUCAAGGUAGAUGAUGGCGGUGUUGGCUUCUCUGCUUUGUCGUGCACCCGCUGCCCGUUUCCCUGCCACUACCAACCCUGUUUCCGAAUGUGGGAUAGGAAGGUCAAUUGCAAUGGGGUUGCCGUUUGGGUGUUGAGGAAAUCCAUUGAACUGCAGAAGCUACUUGGGUUGGAGUUUAAGAUUGACAAGGCGAGGGCACGUAUAGUGCGUUAUGCUGAGGAUGUUCAUGCAUUACUUUUAUGGGUGCACUUAUCUCUCUUCAUGGUUCAGCUUGAGUCAAUGCAGCCCAAGAAGCUUUUUAAAAGCGACAACGUGUACUCCUAUUAUCCUUUCACAAGUUUCUAUGAUGAAGGUAACUGUUGGAAUUCAAUUUAUUUUCAAUAUAUGGUUGAUGGAAUACAUUACUGUUGUUCUGAAGUGUUAAAAUCUCCCAAUUAACUUAUAGCCAUGUUCUUUGUUGUGUUAGCAACUUGAGCAUUAACUCUCUGCGAAACUACCAUGGUUGUGUACUAUUGUUCUUUUAUACCGCUACAUGUGAAUUGAGGAGUCAGGAAACAAGGCAUCUCAUAGGAGAUGGAAUAAUACUUCUGUUGUUAGUUUUUUUUACAACAUUUUUGUUAUUAGAUGGACCCUGCAAUUUUAUAUGUCUGAUUUCUUUGAUGCUCUGGUUUUCUUUUCCUGUACUUGUGUACAGUGCAGUCGGGUCAUGUCGGAGUAUAAAAGAGAGAAAUUAGUAAGAUAAUACAAGACCAAUUGAUUUCUGCACGGGCUUGAGGCCUUUCUUAAUUGCUAAAGUAGCACUUACAUUUUAACUCUAUAAUUUCCUCGGGUCAAAAGAAAAAAAAACUCUAUAAUUUCCUUAUUUGACAGAUCAAUUCAUUUUGACAUUACCAAUGUUAUUUCUUGUGUGGCCAUGAAUUCUGUGGUUGCCGCCAGAUUUAAUGAACUACUUAAUGCCUAAGAGAUGUAAAAUGGUGAUGCUCAUACUGGGGAGUUUCAGUCAGCAAUAAUACAAGAAAAGAUUGCUUUUGUCCUCCACGUAAUUAUUCUAUGGUAGAUUGGUAGUUUCUAUUUGUAUAUUACUACAUUACUGAUCUUAUAGCAUACUUAGGUUGAAGCAUGAUAUGACCAAUUUGUAAUCGGCAACAUGAUACACUGAAUACUUAGGUUGAAGCAUGAUAUGGCCAAUUUGUAACCUGACUAGUCCAUUCAAGCUUAAAACGAGUUACACUGUUGCAUCUAAAGAAUAUAUGUCGUUUUCAAGAUAGUUUUGUAUUUCAGGUAGAUCAUGUGUUAAUAUUUACCUUCCUCUUUUGUGCUUGUUUUCCAGUUUAUAAUUAUAAUUUACCAAGUAAUGCUGAAAUGAUCUGGUUUAAAAUUUUACAAGUUUCAUAAAUCUGAGGUUUACUGUGGAUUUAACGAGUGAGCUGCUCCAUCCUUUGUGCACAGGUAUCAGUAGCUUGAAGCAGAAGUAGUUUAGUGGUAAACUGCAAUAUGGAAUGCUGACUCUUGUGGGAGUGACUAUGACCAUCUAUCGUAGUUGUCAACUUGCUUGACUUUGGAGAAACUAUCUGUUGCUCUGGUGUUAUUUCCAGCAAUCCUAUGUAAUCGUCAACUGAACUCUGAAAUGCCUGGAUCUAUUCGGCAGUAUUGAAUUGAAUUUUUUUUAUUCUA